AUGGAACGCAUUAAAAGACCAAGAGAAAUGAAGCGAAAACUAUCAAUGAUUUCCGACGAGUCUCUCGAGAUGGGACCUUCAGCAAAAGGAAAGAAAGAUGCAAACCUCGCAAGCUCUGAGUCCACUAUCUACGCUUCCUGGACUGCGGCUAUCCAAGCCCUCUCCAUCGAUUCUACCGCACCCUAUCACCUCGCUGCGGAUGAGCGAAAUUCGAACGCUGCAACCUCUUCUUCAUCUGCGAUACAAACUUAUCCGCCCCUCACCGAAUUUCAUUGUUUUUCGGCUUUUCCUGCCGAAAUUAGAAACAAAAUAUGGAAGUUUAGCUUCCUUCACCAACAGAGGACUGUUGCUGCCAGGCCUUCCAUCAAUGGAAAGAUCAUCAGCUACUCCAACACUUUUUCCGCUUCCGCCAUCCCCACACUUUUAGUCAAUUGGGAAGCAAGAAUGGAAGCAUUAAGGCAUUACGCACGUCCCGGAGACACCUUCCUCUUCAACAGAAAUCAAGACUCUUUAUAUCUCACUUGUUGUUGUCCAACUUAUGGCUGGCCGCGAAAGCUUACGCCUGAACUCCGCGAGCAGAUAUAUUCUCUAAGAAUCAAGCACCUUGUGCUCAGUGAAAGCGAUUGGCUCAAAAACAUAAGAUUUUGGCCAUUCAUGAAGUCGAGGGAAGAGGAUACUAGCCGUAAUGGUUUCCUACGGAUGCUUGUAGGAAUGACUGAAUUGGAAACUAUCUCGGUGGUCACUACCAAACGAAAAGCACAUGUCGAAAUUUCCACAUCUCACUACAUACUUCGACCGAAUAGAUAUGACAAGAGUCCUAUGGAAAAGACGAAGAGAUUUGUGAGCAAUUUAUUUUUGAAAUACGCCCAGAUAGACUUUGACGAAGAAUGGAAGAUACCAACUUUGAUCUACCGAAAAGACGAACUUGUGCGCUCAAAACGUCCAAUCAAAGAUCCAUGUAGCCGAAUCGAAAAUGAGGAAAGGCCCCCGGGAACUAAACGACUUGGAAUGGAGUAG